AUGGCCCUCACCACCAACCCCAAGCAAUUAGCACAAGCCAUCACCACCAUGCAACCACAACUGAUGAAAGACAGCCGAUUCAUGCUCUCUUCCUCUGAAGACACUGCGAUGUUGAGGCUCAUUCAAGAGAUUCAUGCUCAUGAUGGCCGAGAAAUUAACGCUAAAUCUCUUCUCAGAUUUGUCGAGGACAUCUUCUAUCAUGCAACUGCAAUUAUCGAUGCCAUUUUCAGACCGGCCAUGCAAGGACAAGCUGGAGCCUUGGAGGAUAUUAAAACUCACCUAGCAGCUGUCUCGAUUGACGUGCCUGCUAAUCUAGCAUAUACCAUUGAUCAAAUUUCCUCCGAGAUAGCUAGCAAGAACACGAGUGGGAGUGAUGCACAUGCAACAACAAUCUCAGUUUUGCAGCACUUGCUAAUAAGCUACAACUGGGAUGCCAAAAUGGUGCUGGCUCUAUCGGCUUUGGCUGUGAAAUAUGGAGAAUUCUGCCUUGUUGCCCAGUCUCAGACCAUCUCAACCGAUCCACUUGCCAAAUCGUUGGCAAUCAUCAAGCAAUUGUCCGAAAUCUUGGAACAUACGAGCAUGCUGAAACCCCGGUUUGAUGGAAUUAAAGUUCUGAUUAAAGCCAUGCUAGAUAUUACCAACCUCACUCUCAAGUUCAAUGAUCUGCCGCUUCAGUACUUCACAACUGAUGUACCGGCAUUUUCCACCCUCAAGGCUCAUACACCCAUUGCAGCCUACUGGACCAUAAGAGGUGUUGUGGCUUGUAUGUCUCAGAUUGCUGGCCUGAUUGGGCUGGGACAUGAGUACAUGCCAUCAACAACUGAAUUUUGGGAGCUAUCGUCCUUGGCUCACAAGGUCAACAACAUACAUAGCCACCUCUCAGAACAACUGGAUUUGUGCAAUAAAUAUUUAGAUGAGAGAAAACAAAUCGAGCUUUAUGAAGAACUGAUUCGUCUGUUUAAAACCCCACAUGUUGACAACAUGAAGGUUCUCAAGGCAUUGCUUUGUGCAAAAGAAGAUCUAUCUCCCAUUGUUGAUGGAGAGACCAAACAAAGGGUUAACAUUGAGGUCCUGAGGCACAAAUAUGUGUUGCUGCUCAUAUCAGACUUAGACAUCCCCAUGGAAGAGCUUGCAAAUCUGGAAAACAUAUACCAGUCCCACCACACAAAGCAAAAUAUUUCAUACGAGAUCGUUUGGCUCCUGAUUGUAGAUGAUCAGUCUGACCCGUGGACUCAGACCAAGCAAAUGCAGUUUCAGGAAUUGCGGCGUCCGAUGCCAUGGUACACCAUGUACAAUCCUCAAUCUAUCGAGAAGCCAGUGGUGAAGUUCAUUAAAGGGCAAUGGAGCUUCAAAAAGAAGCCAAUUCUGGUGGUGGUUGACCCAUUAGGACAACUUGUAUCUCCAAAUGCACUCCAUAUGAUGUGGAUUUGGGGUAGUAAGGCAUCCCCUUUCACAACUGUGAGGGAAGCAUCUCUCUGGAAUGAAGAGAUUUGGAGGCUUGAACUGCUGGUGACAGAGGAAAUGGAUUCUAUGAUUCACAACUGGAUAUUAAAGGGAAUAUACAUAUGCCUAUAUGGUGGAGAAGACAUUGACUGGAUUCAGAAUUUUACAAGAACUGCACGUAAUGUUGCACAACAAGCAGGCAUUACCUUGGAAAUGGUAUAUGUGGGAAAGAGCAAUCCCAAGGAUCGAGUUCGAAGGAACAUAUUAGCCGUAAAAUCAGAAAACAUGAGUCGUGCCUGGGAUUUGAAUCAGAUUUGGUACUUCUGGGUAAGAAUAGAAAGCAUGUGGCAAUCCAAGAUGCAACUGGGAAAAACCACUGACAAUGAUCCUAUGAUAUUGCCGGAAAUUAUGGCGAUGCUUAGCUUCGACAGCAGUGAUGGUGGAUGGGCCUUGCUCAGCCUUGGAUCGGCGGACAUGGCGAAAGCAAAGGGAAGUAAUUUCUUAGCUUCUUUAAAGCAGUUUGAUAGUUGGAGAGAGCAUGUGCAGACUAAAGGGUUUAUGGGGUCAUUAAGAGAUUACCUCAACACCCUGGUGCAACAAGCUCCACAUCACUGCAACAAACUACAGCUUCCGAGUACCGCCGGGCAGAUCCCGGAGAAAGUGGGGUGCACCGAAUGUGGCCGUAACAUGGAGACCUUCGUCAUGUACAAAUGCUGCAAUGAAUAAUUAACUAUAUAUACAUAUAUAUGUCUUAUUACUUGUGUGGUAAGUUAAGUUUGCUUGGUGUUUGUUAUUUAUGGAUUGCUUGUUUGCUUGUGGUUUUCCUUUGGAUGUGAUCCUGGGUUUGUAAUAAGGAAAGAUGAGUGCUCUUUGGACUUCAUCGGUUCCUUAACAAUGAAAUGUAAUA